UCACAGCUGCUCCAUCUGUCUGACAUUUUCCUCUGCCUUUUUUCACACUUGCAGGCCGUCUGUUCCAGCAAAGCCACAUCACCUGCAAUAAGAUUGGGUCUGAGAAGACUGCAACAGAUCAGAAUGGAUGUGUUUAUGAAAGGCUUUACCAAAGCGAAAGAAGGGGUGGUGGCUGCAGCUGAGAAAACCAAGCAAGGGGUAGCAGAAGCUGCAGAGAAGACCAAGGAAGGUGUUCUAUAUAUGGGAAGCAAAACCAGAGAUGGAGUAGUACAAGGAGUGACUUCAGUGGCUGAGAAGACCAAAGAGCAGGCAUCUCAUCUGGGUGGAGCGGUCAUGUCUGGUGCUGGGAACAUUGCUGCAGCCACUGGCCUAGUGAAGAAGGAUGAAUUUCCCUCAGAUAUAAAGCCUGAAGAAGGCCAGGAAGCUUUGGAAGAACCUGCUGCUGAACCACUGCUGGAGCCAGAAGGGGAGAACUACGAGGAAGCCUCCCAGGAUGAUUACCAGGAAUACGAACCAGAAGCAUAACAUCCCUUCACUCUGGACCCAGCCACCAGCAGCAUCAGCACAAAGAUAGCUAUAAUGAAGAUUCUAAUAACAAAAAAAAAGUCCCCAUAUCCCUAAUACCCUGUCUUACCCCAAGAGGAGUAUGGUGUACCCAUUCUCUUUUCUCCAAAAGUGAGCUCUUCCUCUACAACACCUUCAGAGAGCCUCAUGUGAAGUGGUUUUAUGUAUGGUAAUUCUUAGCGUUGAGUCAUAGUCCAAGCAAAACUGGUGUUUCAAAUAACAAAAAGCCCUUUGUAAUGUAUGAACCCAUGAAUGCAUUGUACUUGUCUUUGCAGUCAUAAUGCCCCCGGGAAUAAUUUCUG